UCAAUAUCGCCCUAUAACACGUGCAUUUCUUCGUUUGCUACGUCAAAUUAAAUUUAAAUUAAUUAAAUUAAGCAUGAGUAGAUUUGUUAGGAAGUAAUUGAAGGAAUUAAUUUGUAGGAAUAAUAUUGUAUAAAAAAUUUUAUAUUGCAGAGUUUUAUUAUUUCAGUCAUUCACUGAUUUGGAUUGUUUUGUUAAAUUAAACUUUAAAAGUUUAAACUUUAAAAACUAAAAAUUAGGAAAAAUGUCGGCUCAGGCCGUUUAUAAACUUCAUCAUGUCGAAUUCUUCGAUUUUACUCCGAAACCAAUCAAUUGUAUGGCUUUUGAUUGUAAGACAAAAAGAUUGGCCGUUUCCAGGUUUGAUGCGGAAUCUUCAUACAUUGAAAUAUGGAAUUCUAAUGAAAACUGGCUUCUAGAGCGGAUUCUGCCUCCGACAUCACUGAUCGAGUGCAUGGUCUGGUACAAGAACAGACUGCUCAUUGGGGGGUUGAAUGGGUCGCUGGUGCACGUCGACCUCAAAACCUCAUCAAUGAAGGAGCCACAAUCAUCCAACCAUGGAGCGAUAUGGUGCAUGGCCGUCAAUCCCAACGAGAAACUUAUUGCAGCAGGAACAGAGGGUGGAUGUGUCGUGUUGUUUGAGGCCAUCGAAGAUGAUGUCGUCUACAAAAAGGCUAUCGUCAGACAAGAAGGUCGCAUCCUUUCAAUAUGCUGGCACCUGGAGUUGAACGUCCUGCUGACAGGAAGUAGUGAUGUGCGUGUCUACAAUGCGGAGACGGGCUCGUUGCUACAGCGCAUCUCCGUGGCCAGUUCGAGUAAUAUUCUCGUCUGGGCUCUCGCUGUUACCAAGGAUUUUACGAUAAUAAGUGGUGACUCGUCUGGUCAGACUGCAUUCUGGUAUGGCUUGCCUUGUAAACUCUCGCAUAUUGCAACAUCAGCAGACAGACACCUGCCCAUCUCAACGCCUGAGAAGAAGUUGCUUUGCAUAACAUCAGAAACACACGUGUUGUGUUCCUGUGUUAGCUCGUGUGCAACCUGGCUGGCAUUCUCAAACGAAAAGACUACUGCCUUGUAUAGGAUCAAGAUGAAGCAUCUGGACUCAGACAAGCCACUAGUCAGAGCCACAGCCACCGAGUGUCUAUCGACCUUCACCUCGACACCGUCAACCCACCUCGCAAUCGGCGGGUCCUCUGUCGUUGCAUCCCUGUCAAAGUUCAAUGUCGUAACCUUCCUUGACCUUUGCAAGAUACUACACCAGCUCCCCUGGAAUGAAAGAUCGUGCAUAAACCUCGACUAUCACCCAGCCAACCCUCACCUCAUCCUUCUGACGUACAGCGACGGCCGUAUUUCAGAGUUUGACGUUAGCCUGGGUUCGCUCACACCAAUCAGCAAGUCCUGGAGCAACAAACACCAUCAAAACUUCGUCGACCACCUCAACAAAAAACUCAAAUCUUCUAGAAUUUCGAGAUUUUUUUACGACAUCACAAGUUAUGAUGGUGAUGGUGGUAGUGGUGGGGGUAGAAUCGUGGGGCAGCACACUUCAGGGUUCAGUGUGAUUCAGUGGGGGAAGCUGGUAGAUGGGAAGAAGGCUGUUAGUUGGGAUCUCUUCGAGUUCUAUAAUACACAUAACCUUCACCACGUCGACGUCAUGAACGACAAUUCAUUGGUCCUCGUGGAACAGACAGACAUUGAUCUAAUCUUGCAGUACGCACCUCCCUUAAAGAAACCUAAGCUAUUUGGAGUUUAAAUAGCUUAAAAUAAAGAAGCUGCCGGAUUUCUUGUUCUUCAAUUGAUGUGUGUGCGUGUGUUGUGUGUGCGUGUGUAAAUAUGUAUGCAUGUGAUUUACAGUGUGUGUUUGUUCAAGAUGUUAAUUGACGUUCGUUAUAUACAUUUGGAUUCAUGUUUGUGUGUGUGUAUAUAUAUAUAUAUGUGUGUAUCGGUGUGUGUUUACGUGCUUGUAAUGUUAGAUAAUGAUACUAAUCAACUUUUUUAAUUUUACAGUUGGUUAGAAUUGUUUUUGUUGUAAUAAAAAUUGAUAAAUUAUGUGAAA